AUGUCCAGAAAUUUUUUGGUAGAAAAAUUAAUAACAAAUGUUGUUAGGGAUUCUAAGAUUGUAGGCUCUUCCAAGAAGACCAAUUAUCGCCUAAGCAAAAAGUUACUGGAUUUCAAUGGUCAAUUAUUAUCUUUCUCCAGUUAUAAUCCAGAUUUUAAAACUGCUGGGGACUUAAUUGGUAAUUCAUUCGAAUAUGAUAUUGAAACCUCUUCAAUCUCAUUGAAUAAGCAGCUUUGUUUGAUUCCGAAGAGAGAUACUAAAUACCUGACUUUUAAAGAUACUUAUUAUAUAUUAUUCAAAGAUAGAAAUUUUAUGAAUUCUUUUAUAUUAUCUAACAAUAUCCACACUAAUAAGAGUGGCACCAAUAUAAUAUUAACAAAUGAUGAGGUCCGUUUGAAAUUGAAACCCGAGACUGCGUUGCAGUCCUUCUUAGAUUAUUAUAUUAGUUUCUUUAAUACUUUGCACGAUUAUUAUUAUUGUUGUUAUUAUUAUUAUUGUGGUAAUAAUAAUUGUGAAGACAUUCGUAAGUUAACCAGUAAAGAUAUCUCUUCUGUCAAUGAUAUCAUAGACAUACACAAUAUUCAAUUACAACCAAUCUUGGACAACUCUUUAUUGUUAUGGAAUUAUCCAACUGGUUACUUAAACGAGACCUCUAUGAAGGUUAAAGAUAUGUUCUGGUAUUACAAGAUUAAAAAUUGUUUGAUCCUGUACAAUGAUCUAAAUGGAGAAAAUAGUGGCACCACUCUUCAUUACUUAUCCUUUGAAAACUCUUUUGAAAGGAAUAAAUUUAAAUCAAAUUUACAUGGAACUAUCCUUCAAAAUGGAAAGAAACUUCUUAUUGAGACUUUAUAA